AUGGCGGCCAACUCUCCGCACACCGCGCAAACCGGCAGCGCAAUGGGCCCUCCUAUGCAUCCUGCCUCAAUGGACUCCAAAACUCCCAAUCUGAUGUCGCCUCCGGAUCAACCUCAUGAUACUUUCGAUUUCAGAAAGUUCUACGGUCCCCGAACGAUAGCCUCUUCGAAAGUCGACUCCGAGAAACACCCAAUGCCAAUGUCUCCUCCAAUCUCGCCCUAUAGCAAGCUUGUCUCAUCGACUGCAGAGGUGCCGAAUGGGCCCUCCAACGCAAUUAAAGAUCCUCUUCUUUACCCUGUCGAUGAAUCUCCUUCCAGCCCAGUUCAAGAGCCUCUGUUCAAUACCACCGAGUCUGAGCAAAGUCACAAUAGUAUCAUUGAAGAUCACAUCCGUGCUCGAGCUCAAUCGCCUGUGACCUUUGCUCGGGUCUCACCACCGAACCAUGAGGAAUACAAUCUGGUGCUUUGCUUCAAGUCCCAGGUCAUGAAGAACUAUACAGCCAACCCUCGGAAUUGGCUCCGUCAGGAACGACGCUAUCUCGAAGAGGCCCGAAAGGCUCAGGGCAAACGCUUCCCCAAGAUCAUGCCUGCUAAACCCACCAAGACACCAAAACAGCGCGAUCGGGUCCAGAAGCCCCAAUCCACCCCGCGGCCGAUCCGUACCCACCCUCCCACCGGCCCCAGUCCUGGUGCCGGCUUCUCGCGACCGGCUGGCCGUGUAAGUGCCACUCCUGAGCCGUCUCGUCGCGCUGUCGCUCCCAACCGUGAGGACAAAGACUUCGAUCAACUGCCCGACUAUUGCCCACCUCUUGACUCACUGCCCGACAAAUCCAAUAGCUUAAAGGUGGAAUGGAAGGGACAGGCGCUUGACCUCAGCAACGACCCAAACAAGAGACUUCUUCAUCCCGAUGAGAUGACCUUGGCCAGCAGUCUACGCUUAGAUGCUGCAACCUACCUGACUAGCAAGAGGCGUAUCUUUGAGCGAAGACUUGCCUGCCUGCGUACCAACAAAGAAUUCCGCAAGACAGAUGCUCAGCAGGCUUGCAAAAUCGACGUCAACAAAGCCUCAAAGCUGUGGACCGCUUUUGACAAAGUCGGCUGGCUUGAUGCCAAGUGGAUGCAGAAGCACAAGUGA